CUUGAACUGUGACAAGGAGUUUGAGGCUGGCGGAGGGUUUUGGUGUUUUUUCUUCUCCCCCCUUCUUCUUCCCGUGUUCUUGGAAAGCCAUGAGUGGAAAAGAAAGGAAGAGGCCUGGGCUUGGCCAGCCAUGACUGAGAGACGUUUCCCUGGGUGCCCGCGCCGGGGAGACCCGCGUUAAAAAGUGUGUGCCCCUCUCUACUCAGGGAACAGAGAUUUGAAAAAAUGACCCACUGCUAUUACAACGAGACGGUCGAGUUCUUCUACAACAAAAGUGGGAAGGAGCUGUGCCACCACUGGAGGGCCAAGGAUGUCUUGGUGGUAGUUCUUGGCUUGACGGUCAGCAUCAUCGUCCUGCUCACCAACUUGCUCGUCAUCACCGCCAUUGUUAUCAACAAGCGCUUCCACUACCCUAUCUACUACCUACUCGGGAACCUGGCUGCCGCCGACCUCUUUGCUGGCAUUGCUUAUAUGUUCCUGAUGUUUCACACCGGGCCCAGGACAGCUGAGCUCUCUCUCAAGACCUGGUUUAUCAGGCAGAGCCUCUUGGACACCAGCCUCACGGCUUCGGUGGUCAACCUCUUGGCCAUCGCGGUGGAGAGGCACCAGACUGUCUUCACCAUGCAGCUCCACAGCACCAUGUCCAACCAGCGGGUGAUGAUUCUUAUCUGCUGCAUCUGGGUCACAGCCCUGCUGCUGGGCCUCAUCCCCUCCUACGGCUGGCACUGCCUGUGCGACCUAGACAAUUGUUCCAAGAUGGCGCCCCUCUACAGCCGCAGCUAUCUGACCUUCUGGGCCCUCUCCAAUCUCUUCAUCUUCCUGGUCAUGGUGGUUGUCUACACUCACAUCUUCGUCUAUGUGAAGAGGAAGAUGGCACGGAUGUCCAAGCACACCAGCUUCCACCCACGCUACAAGGAGACGAUGAUCAACCUCAUCAAGACGGUCAUCAUUAUCCUUAGUGCCUUUGUAAUCUGUUGGACCCCCGGGCAGGUCGUGCUUCUGCUGGACGGCCUGGGCUGUAAGAGCUGCAACGUGCUGGCCGUGGAGAAAUACUUCCUCUUGCUGGCCGAAAUCAAUUCGGUCAUCAACGCCAUCGUCUACUCCUACCGGGACAACGAGAUGCGCAGCACCUUCCGGAGGAUUCUGUGCUUCCCCUGCUACCGGCCCCCAAAGUACUCACCGGCUUCAGUCAAGUCCAGUAACACGGAGCAGAGGAUAUUACCCCAGAACGGGCAUCCGAGUAUGGACUCCUCACUCUAAUUCUUCGGCUGUAAACUCCUUGAUCCUGGUUUGCCGAAGUCAUUCCCGAUGGGCAAUGGGGGGCCCUGUGCGACUCCCCGGUUUGUAGAUGCUAUCCUCUGAGGAUAACAGUGUGAACAAGGCUAGCAACCAUGUCCUGUGGGGGACAAAUUUGUUCCUGUGGAUUGUUCAACGACUGCGGAGGGCGGUCUUGGUCUGGGGCCACCAUACCAUGAUGGCGACCAGCUUCAAGACCCAGGUCCUGUCGUGGCUGUGGAUGACUGUGUGUCUGGGACGUAGCAACUGAGCGUGCUCGACAGAACUUAAGGCAAUAAGUAUGUUGACUCCGCGCUACAGCUGGAGAGGCACCUUAAACACUCUGUAGAGUUAAGAACCAGUUCAAAACUGGCUUGCACCAUAGGUUGUUGUUUUCCGCCCCCCAGCACAUGUGUUUUCCCCACCCUCCACGAGUGAAAGAGCGACUGCAGUCCAGAUCUGCAGGCAGACUAUGGGUGGUCACUCGGGACAAGAUUUUAUUGGCCUUGCUACAUUAAACAGAAUGGUAUGGAUAAGCUUUGAGAGGAGUGCUGGGAUACAGAUUCCCAGGGGUACAUGUGUCUGUGUGCAUGCGAAUGUCUAUUUUUAACAGCUGUGUUGAUUCAGCACUCAUCUAAAUGUUUUCUGUGCAGGGUGAAGUAUUGUUCUCUCGGCCCUUUCAGUAUUACUUCCUCUCUUGCCUUGGCCGUUCUAGGACUAAGAGGCAGCCCUCCUCCUUGUGUAUCCGUCCCCUGAUAAUCUGUUAUAACCUCCUCUGGUUCGGCAGCUCAGACGCUAGCAACUCCUCGGGAACAUUCCAAGUCAAGGUGGUGGCCGAGCGGACAGCUGCCCGGCUUGGUAAAGUGGACGGUAGACGUUAGGUUGGCAAAUGAUCCACACGAUCUGGGACCAGGUAUUGCUGGAGGGCUAUACAGGAAUUAAACACGAA